AUGACCCUUACAGGCGACCCAACGUCCACAAAAAGGAGAAACCGCGAUACUUACGAACAAGACGAUGACGGCAAUUCCAAUAAUGAUCCCAAUGCCAACGGUCCACCGGCGAAGAAAAUUAAACAAUGCUGCAAAUUCUGCUUACACGAUACCCGAGGCAGGAAACUGGCCCAAGUAAGGGGAUGCAAUUACGAAACACUUGCGAACGGAGACAUUCUCGAGUGUCAAAACUGUGCCGACUACCGCUCGGAGCAUCCAGACAAAGAAAUCAAGUGUGAACCUCAUGAGCUUCUGCGCAAUAAAAAGGUCUGGCGCCGGUACGGCAUAGGCCAUCCUUCGACUUAUCCGGCGCAACCCUGCGACCAGUGCAUCACAAGCGGCAAAUCCAACCAAUGCAACAUCGAUUCCAUUCUCAACUACGGCUGUACAGCAACAAAGGCCUGCCGAGAUGGUAACUGUACACUCAACGGCCACAGGUUGGAGGCAGCGCCCAGUUCUGUCAUUUCCCUCGGUGAUCCUUGGACACGUACAGAAUGCCAAUAUUGUGAGCACAUGACGAAGAAUGGCAGGACCACAAUCGGAUGCAGUUGGCUCAGGGAUCGAGCGAAUCGAAAGAAGUCCUGCUUCAACUGUCAAUCCCGCAACCUGGUGUGCUUCAACGGCGGACGCCUCAUCGGCGAGCCUCCAACCUUGACUCUCCCCAGAGUGUGGAAUGUCGCCGCCACACACGAAUUUGGAUUUGUUGACUGUAGGAAAACCGGUACAACCCGUCGCACCUGCAAGAGAUGUCUCGAGGACAAGAGCGGUCACUGCCAUGCUGAUGCCGGGCAUUAUCGUUAUGCGUGUACUCGUUGUGCUGAGCUCGGCAUUGACUGUGUCGAUAGUGGCAAUGGCACGUAUUAUCCCAUCUUCGACCUGGCCAGAGUUGGCAUCGGCUUACACUUGCCCUUUAUCCAGUGUUCGUGUUGCAUAAAGAAAGGGAGAAACUGCGAUUUGCAGCGCCCGUGUGACUCAUGCGUCGAGCACGGCGACCAGUGCGAUGCCUUCGCGGGCGAUACAGCCAGGUAUUGUAUAAACGGUCGACUAGAUCCGCCUCCUGGGCCUCUCUAUUAUCUCGCGUUGGGAUACGGUGCCAAUGGUGUCAAUGAUGUCAAAGACGGAUCUGCCGUGGAACACUGGGUAGGUCCGUUGACAAGCAUAUACGGCAUGAUCCCCGGGAGGGACAAUAGGCAACUCGUCGCCUCAUUCGCCGCUGAUUUAAGAGGAAAACUGCUUCCAUACGGAAAGCCUCCUCACGGUGAUGUCGCUCAGAACGGGGUCAUGUUUGGACCAGCGAGCGCGAUAACCAAGGAAAACAUUGUGGCAUGGAUCGAAUCCAAUUAUCCUCAACAUCACCCGAUCAACGAGUUUCCGGGAUACAAAGAUUGUAUCCAAGCGGCAAGGUCCUUUGUGCAGAAUCUUCGCAGCGGAAAGCCUCGUCUCCGCGCCGAGCAAUUCCUGAGCAACGAACCGAGGAGCUUCACACACGGCCCUGAUUGCGGAGAGCAUUGUUGCGUCGAUGUUGCUGGCAAUAAUGAAAAUGAAAAUGUCAUGAGCCAGGGAGCAGGAGCACUCCAAUUUCUCAAUUCUCAGUGGCCCAAUCCGCAAUUUUACUUUACCAUUGCAGCUCCUUCUGACCAGGAGCUGCCAGCUGUCAGGUUCAGCCCAGAUUUGCCAGUCGACAUGGAUCUUGGUUUCGGUCUGAAUCUCUAUCCCAGCCCCUGCGUGCCAGCUGCCAGACUCUACCCGCCUCAGGUUAUUUCUAGCGAUUUCCAUGCGGACCUCGAUCCAUAUCUCAACUUCUCCUCGAAUCAGUUUCCCGUUGGUGAAUCUGACAUACGCACCGAUAUCGAUCUCAGCUUGCUGGCGGGUUUGGAAAUUAAUCCACCCGAGAUUCUCUUUGAUCAAAUGGAGCAGAACCCUAAGAAAGCCUCGUUUGGCAUCGCUUCAGACAAGAUCAACGGGGAAAGCAGUGGUUUCAAUAAUGUCCUCAACGACAUACCGCGACGUGCGAGGCACGUUGCACCAAGCACUCCUAACAAAUGCCUAGAACUUCGAGACGCUCAGUUCUGCGAGCACAAGGUCGCGGCAGACUCCAUCUGUCAAAGCGGCUCUCACGGAAAAGAAGACCGCGUCCACGUCUGCGACCACUGCAGCAAAGCGAGCGCCCUCGAGCUGGUCAGCAUCGGAAGCUCGUUCGACCUAGCCGCGAUCGAGAACAUGCGCGCGUACCUCUGCAACCACUGCGCUGAGAAAGUCAGCAAAGACGUCCGCCCCGUGCUGCGGAACAGGCUCACCAGCGACCUCAAGGUCUGGGGCAAAUGCCAGGAUUUCCCCCUUGCGAGUCGUAUUCCCGUCCCGUUCAACAAGGACGGCGGCACUAUCACUUUCAUGGGCGACGCUCAGAAGAUCACUGGAUGCCUAUGCGGAACGAAACUUCUCUACCGACGCCUUUGCUACAGCCACCGUCUCAAGUAUGGGGACGAGGUCGUGAAGCAGGCUCAGGAGAUGCAAGACUGGUGCCAGAAAAAAUACGGCGCCAAACCCUGUUUUGUUUGUCUCAAGGGAAGCCAGCCUCGUGUAGUUGCCUUUAAGGGACGGCAGUGGGCUGCCAACCAGGCCAAAUGCACUGCCUGGCAGUGUCUUGUCUGCGGCGACUUGGUCCUGAAUCAACCAACUAUGAGCAUCUUUGGACCGCAAGGGCCCAAAGCCAUAGUUUCGAUACCUCGGGUAAUUAUCAACAAUGUAUAUGGGAGCCAGGAUGUAGAAGAGCAAGAAACUGAGCAUGGUGUACAGGAAAUAUCUAGCGAGGAGCUGAAGGGAGAGGAAGAGCUUCGGUCAUACGCAACUGGAAAUCAAGCAUCUUUUGGGGAGCCAUCGCCAUCUGUAACGUACUGGGACGAAGGAUCGAAUGGAGACCAGGUAUCUUUUGGGGAGCCAUCGAUAAUGGAUUGGGACGAAGAAUCAAACGGGAUCCAAGAGGGAACGUUGUACGAACAACCUGAAGCAGAGCACGGAGGCCGAGAUGGAGGACGAAAUGCACGGGAAGUUGGAGAGGAAGCUCAAGAACGGGAUGCGUCCGAGUCCAACGAAGAGGCCUCUUGGGGGGGAUCUUGGACUCUUGUUCACCGCCCGAUCUAG